AUGAUAUCCUUCGCGACAGAUGAGACUAUCCCUUCCAACUCCUGGUUGUUCAUGUCCGAUAGCGUGUCCAUCGACAACGCUCUUAACUGGUUCAUGGUACAACAAGGGAUGGGCUACUUGUCGAAAAUUCUCAAUCGCAAUCCCAAUGGCAGUGUCUGGAACACAGAGCUCGACGCUGACACAUCGUGCAACCCACAAUUUGUCAUCAAAGAUGACCUUCCGUCUUAUUCAGACUUGGAACUGAUACCCCAAACACUAGCUGAAAUCUGUUGCAUCACAGCAGACAAUACCCCAGACAAUAACUCGUAUUAUACGCCUCUUGUGUUACUUUCCCGAGCCUUCCGCAUCAAGAGCGUGGGAUUCGGCAACCUUAACAGCUAUUUAUCUUUUGGCCCACAUGUAACGCAGUCUUAUCGCUUACUGCUGCGUCAGAAAGAUGAGAGGGCAUUACUGCUUUUUAUGUUAUGGUUGAUGCUGUUCGAGGAAGAAACAUGCUGGUGGAUUGGAGCGCGCACGAGGAAUGAGUACACAGCCGUGUUGUGGCUGCUGAGCCGGAGCGAAGACCAGAGGAUAAGAGAGGUCGCUCGGGAUCCGUCGGUUUUUGUCCGAUCGAAUGCUUCAGUGUAG